AUGACAGACGAACCUAGAACAGUCGAGUGCGAUAAGUAUGACAACCUCAGCGAGUACAGCAUACAGGUGAAUCGAUUGAUCCUGGGGACAAUAGGCGCCUGGCCUGAUUCAAAAUCUACCACUCUCGAGAAGAUCAGAUCACGGAUUUUGACUGUCGUUUGCUGGUGCUUUUGGCUGUUCACUAUGAUUCCUGGUGUACUGAACAUCAUCCUGGAGAAAGAGGACAUCUACAUAAAACUGAAGACGCUUGGCCCACUCUGUGACUGGGGUGUCGGAGGAUUCAAUUACGCAAUGCUACUGCUACGCAGAAACGACAUAAACGAUUGCAUAGAACACAUAAGGACCGACUGGAAGAUUAUGACGAGGUCGGACGAUCAACAAAUGAUGCUGAAGAACGCGAAGAUCGGUCGCUACAUUGCCGGUUUCUGCGCCGCUUUUAUGCAAGGCGGUGUUUUCUGCGCCUGCAUCGUAUAUGGAGUGUUCACUCAAACCGUCGAUGUUGGGAACGAGACACUGAUCAUCUACACCUUACCCUGUCCACCGUACAAGCUUCCAGUUCAAACGAAAUCCAUCCACGACAUCGUUCUUUGCACGCAGUUCUUGUCGGCGUUCAUCUCAGUUUCAAGUACCACUGGCGUUUUCAUAGCACGUAUUGAAAGUAUAAUGAGCCCGAUAUGCUUCAUGGAAAUGUUCAAGAGCUUGCUGGGUAUGUGCAUGCCUAGCUAUUACAUCCUUGCGGAAUGGUCAGAAUUUAAUAUUCGGAACUUAACUGUAUAUUCCAUGGUAUUAAUAUCUAUGACUUGCAACAUUUUUUUAAUAUGCUAUAUCGGCGAGGUACUAACUGAAAAGUGUAAGAAAAUUGGAGAUGUGGUUUAUAUGACAGAAUGGUAUCAUCUACCCGACAAGGAUAUCCUUAGCCUCAUUAUGAUCAUUUCACGAUCUGGCGUGGAAGUUAAGAUGACUGCGGGAAAGAUAAUUGACAUGUCGUUAUUCACAUUCGCUACUGUAUGUCUUCAUCAUUUUUUUAAUUCUGAAGAAAGAUUCAAUCGUUCACGGAUAUUCAUAGAGUCACUUGUAAUUUCAGAUAGAAACACGAUGGCAGACGAUCUGAGGACCAUCGAGAAGAAAUUUGAUAACCUCAGCGAGUACAGUAUACAGGUGAACCAAUGGAUCUUGAAGCCAAUAGGCGCCUGGCCUAUUACAAAUUCUACCACCACUGUUGAGAAAAUCACGUCACAGAUAUUAACUGUCGUUUGUUGGUGCUUUUCGCUGUUCACUAUCGUUCCUGGCGUUUUGAACAUCAUGCUGGAGAAAGAAGACAUCUACCUGAAACUAAAGACACUUGGUCCUCUCAGUCACUGGUGUGUUGGAGGAUUCAAUUACGCUGUAUUGUUGCUACGUAAAGACGACAUACAUUACUGUAUAGAGCAUAUAAGAACCGACUGGAAGAUGAUCACGAGAUCGGAGGAUCGACAAGUGAUGCUGAAGAACGCGAAGCUCGGUCGCUACGUAGCCGGUUUCUGCGCGGCUUUUAUGCAAGGCGGUGUUUUAUGCACGUGUCUUGUAUUAGGAGCAUUCAAACGAACCAUCGAAAACGGAAACGAGACCAUCACCGUGUACACUUUGCCCUGUCCAGCGUAUAAAUUUCCAGUUCAGACGAAUCCGACGCACGACAUCAUUCUUAGCACGCAAUUCUUGUCAGCGUUUAUCGCGAGUUCAAGUGCAGCUGGGGCAUUCAGUCUUGCAACAGUUUUCGCGAGCCACGCUCUUGGCCAGUUGAACAUAAUGAUAGCGUGGAUCAACGAGUUCGUAAACCGACAGUCGGGAGAUGAAAACAAUAACACAUGUGUUAAUAAAAUAGGUAUAAUCGUUGAACAUCAUUUGAGAGUACUGAGUUUCAUAGCACGUAUUGAACGUAUAAUGAGCCCGAUAUGCUUCAUGGAAAUGUUUAAAUGUAUGCUGGGUAUGUGCAUGCCUAGCUAUUACAUCCUUGCGGAAUGGUCUGAACAUAAUAUCCAGAACUUAACUGCAUAUGUCAUGAUUAUAAUAUCUAUGACUUGCAACAUUUUUUUAGUCUGUUAUAUCGGUGAAGUAUUAUCGGAAAAGUGUAAAAGAAUUGGAGACAUGGUUUAUAUGACAAACUGGUAUCAUCUGCCUGACAAAGAUAUUCUAAGCUUGAUUAUGAUCAUUUCACGGUCCAGCGUGGAGAUAAAGAUGACUGCCGGAAAGAUAAUUGACAUGUCAGUGUUCACAUUCGCCAAUGUAUGUCCCUAUAAUUCUCCGAAUUCUGAUAAAAUGUUUCAUUCGAAAAAAUAUUCACUUGUACCGUUUUUAAUUUCAGACAGUAAAAACUGUUUUUGCAUAUUUAAAUAUGCUCCGUCAGACGACGAUGAUGUAA